GUGCGUAUGCCGUGCAGUAUAAAUAAAUAAGAAUAAUAUCUGCAAUCUUUGCCAUAAACGUCAACAAGCAGAGAAAUAACAAACGCAGCAGAAGUCGCCGUCGCAGCCAACGAAGAACCGUGAAGAACAACAGCCGCCCGCUCCCCCCUCUCUCUCGUUCAUCAUGUACUAUCCGCCCGUUGAUAGCUAUACCGGUUAUCGGGUAACUCCACCCCAAAGCAGUCACCAGCACAACAACAACAAUAACACCAGCAGCAGCAGCAGCAACAACCACAACAACAACAACAACAGCGGCAGCCACAUCCACAGAAUGGACACCGAUGAUGUCGAAUCGAACACAAGCAGCGCCAUCACCACAUUGGGCACCCUUUUCUCAUUCCAAUCGCCGGCUGUGAAAAAGUUACUCGGCUGGAAACAGGGCGAUGAGGAGGAGAAAUGGGCCGAGAAGGCAGUCGACAGUUUGGUGAAGAAACUAAAGAAGCGCAAAGGCGCCAUCGAGGAACUGGAACGCGCCCUAUCCUGCCCCGGUCAGCCAUCCAAGUGUGUGACCAUACCACGAUCGCUAGAUGGACGAUUACAGGUAUCUCAUCGCAAGGGUCUGCCGCAUGUGAUUUAUUGCCGCGUCUGGCGCUGGCCGGACUUACAGUCGCAUCAUGAACUCAAACCGCUCGAAUUAUGCCAAUAUCCGUUUAGCGCCAAACAGAAGGAGGUCUGCAUUAAUCCGUAUCACUACAAGCGUGUAGAGAGUCCGGUGCUGCCGCCGGUGCUGGUGCCCAGGCACUCAGAGUUUGCGCCGGGUCACUCGAUGCUGCAGUUCAAUCAGAUGGCCGAGCCGAGCAUGCCGCACAAUGUCAGCUACUCGAACAGUGGCUUCAAUUCGCACAGUCUCAGCAAUAGCAACACAUCGGUGGGCAGUCCCAGUUCGGUUAAUUCCAAUCCCAAUUCGCCGUAUGACAGCCUGGCGGGCACACCGCCGCCCGCCUACAGUCCCUCGGAGGAUGGCAACUCGAACAAUCCGAACGAUGGCACACAAAUGCUCGACGCCCAGAUGGGCGAUGUGGCGCAGGUUAGCUACUCGGAGCCAGCCUUUUGGGCAUCCAUUGCCUACUAUGAGCUUAAUUGUCGCGUCGGCGAGGUGUUCCACUGCAAUAACAAUUCGGUCAUUGUCGAUGGCUUCACGAAUCCAUCAAAUAACUCCGAUCGCUGCUGCCUCGGCCAGCUCAGCAAUGUGAAUCGCAACAGUACCAUAGAAAAUACACGCCGUCAUAUAGGUAAAGGCGUUCAUCUGUACUAUGUAACCGGGGAGGUCUAUGCCGAAUGCCUGUCCGAUUCUGCGAUAUUUGUGCAAUCGCGCAAUUGUAAUUAUCAUCACGGCUUCCAUCCGAGCACCGUGUGCAAAAUACCGCCCGGUUGUUCAUUAAAAAUCUUUAACAAUCAGGAAUUUGCUCAACUGCUAUCGCAAUCGGUUAACAAUGGAUUUGAGGCCGUUUACGAGCUAACUAAAAUGUGCACAAUACGCAUGUCCUUUGUGAAGGGCUGGGGUGCUGAAUAUCAUCGACAGGAUGUUACCUCAACGCCCUGCUGGAUUGAGAUACAUUUGCAUGGGCCGCUGCAGUGGCUGGACAAGGUGCUCACACAGAUGGGAUCGCCGCAUAAUGCAAUCAGUUCCGUAUCCUAAGAUAAAGACAACUAAAUGGAAACAAUAUUCAAGCAAGAAGGAAGGAAAACCCAACACACACACAUAGAUGAUGAUGAUGUAGCUAAAAGACGUAAUGCCGUUAGCUGAGCCCUAUGCCUAAAUAUUUGUGUGCGUGUAUAUAUGCCUUACAAACCGAUAUAUAUAUAUAUACACUUAUAUAUAUAUAUAUGUACCUAGAUUGAUAUAUAUAUGUAGACAGCUACUCAACCCGCCUCUCGCCCACAUACACAUACUUAUCUAUUUUAUAGUUUAAACAUAUGAUUUUCUACGCGAAUGUCAUUCCUUAUGCAAAACAAAUGAAAAGAAAAAAGUUAAUGCAAGCGAAAACGAACUAAAGUUUGAUCUAUAUACAACUAUUGUACUAUUAUUAUUACUAUUAUUAUUAUUAUUAUUAUUAUGAUAAUGAUAUAUGCCCAUUGGCAAAUGUUGUUCAAGUCUAUUUCAAGUGCUACUUAUGUGUCAUUGCGAAUUGCUUUUAAAGAAUAGCAAAAGCAACAGAAUAAACCUAAAUAUAUAUAUAUAUAUAUAUAUAGUAUAUACAUAUAUAAAUCAAAUUAUGCUUAUGUGUAGGGCAAGUUUUAAACAACUUUUAUGCAAUACAUUUCUUUAAAAAACAAAAAAAAAAAGAAGAGAAAAACACAACACAAAAGUUACGCUUAACUAAUUGAUGAUCUUGUUUAUGUUUAAGUACAAUUUAAAAAAAGUUA